CAAAAACUUGAGACGUGGAAGGGGAAUGGGGCGUCCUCGAAGCCCUUGUGGCACUGUGCAACAAGCAUCGUGGCUUCCCCUCGCACGGCCUCAAUCCUCCCCCACACCCGACCCCUGUCCACCUCGCUUGCAACCUUCUCUCGACCUCAACAUCAUCAUCGGACAAAUCGAGUUCAGUCCAUCUCGGCAACCCGACUGUCCCUCACAAGACAACAGACAAACCCCGAAACAACUAGCCGCCCCCCCCCGCACACCAUGACGGCUCCCAUCACCAUCCGGCUGCCCUCCAAAUACGCCCCGUCCCCGGCGCCUCCCUUCACGCCGCCGUCGCUCCCUUUCCUGCGCCGCACCUGGACCGUAACCCACUCGACCCUGUCCAUGUGGCGCUCCGCUCGCAACGUGCGGAUCACCUAUGGCCCGCUCUCGCCCGCCCGCCCCUCUGCUUCCCUCUCCUCGCUCUUCUCUUUGUGCACCUCCAACUCCUCUAACUCCUCCUCCUCCCCAUCAUCCUCCCCAUCCUCCUCCGCGCCCGCGGCAAGGGACCGUAUCUCAGACCUGGUCGAGUACGAGCCGGUCUUGGGCGGGCGCCUCAAGUGCAUCGCGGGCGUCGACACGGCCUCGGCGGCGGGCGACGCCGGCGCCUGGGACUGGCGCGGCACCGGCCUGCUGUUCUGGGUCGGCAGCCACUGGGAGGUGCUGGGGUGGGGCGAGCGGGCGGUGCCCAGCGGCGGCGGCGGGGAGGACGGGGAGGGCGGCGGGGAGGGCGGCGAGGUUGAGAGGUGGGUCGUCACCUGGUUCGCGCCGACCGCGUUUACCGCCGAGGGCGUGGACGUGUAUAGCGAUCGGAGGGACGGCGGGAGUAAGGACUUGAUGGCCGAGGUGCUGGCCCAGUUGGGGAGGGUGACGGAGGGGAAGGGGCGGCUGGGGGAAAUCGUUGCGAGGGAUAUGAGGGAGGUGGCGAUUCAGUUGCCUUGGAAGGAGAGGUAGAGGGGGCAGCGGGUGCGUCACGCUGGGUUCUGUAAACUUUUU